CAGAAAGAAAAUGGCGCCGGACGUUUGUCGUGGAAACAAAAUUAGAUUCAACAAAACCAGACUUUUCAUUAAUUGAAGUUUACUUAGUGUUGUCAAUCAGUUAUUGUCAUCAAUAUAAGAAAGAAAAUGAUAUUUCAGCUCUUAAGAAUAGUCUACAAUUUUAUAACAUCAAAUUAAGGAAAUUACACAAAAAGUGACUAUUAAUUACAAAUAGCAGAUCAUAAUUACUGAUUUACAUUGAUUAAAAUGAAAGAGACAAGUGAAUUAAAAUGUUAAAAUAAUUUUUGGAAAAAAAAAAUGGAAAAGAAAAAUUCUAAUAUGGAAGGUAGCAAUGUCAAUGAAAUAAAGUUGGAAAAUCCAGAUGAAACAUGUCAAGAUUUGGUCACUUUAAACAAUGAAACAGCUGUAGAAUGCAAUGAUAAUAUAAUUUUCGAACAAGAUAGUCCUGAAGAAAACUUUGAUGGAUUUAUUAAAACAGAAGAAAUUAGCAUUAUAUACAAAUGCUGUGGAAAAGAAUUCACAAAGUAUACUGGAUAUAAGAUUCACCAGAGAAAAAUGCACAUUAAACAAAAUACAUUUCCUUGCAACUUAUGUAAUAAAAAAUUUAUGAAUAGAAGACAAUUAAAAUUGCAUGAAAAAAAUCAUACAGAAAAGGAAUCUGAAACAUGUAAUAUAUUUAAUACAGAGUAUGAAAUAAAAAAUAAUUUAAAAACUAAUACAGACCUAAAUGCUGUUGAAAUAUCUUAUGUUUGUGAUUAUUGUAGAAAAGAAUUUCAAAAGAAAUGUAAUUUACAAACACAUAUUCUUGUACAUACAGGUGAAAAACCAUACUUUUGCAAUAUUUGCAAGAAAGGAUUCAUAACUAGUAGCAAGUUAAAAUCACAUGUGAGAAUUCAUACAGGUAUUAGUCCGUAUGUUUGUGAUUUUUGUGGUAAAAUGUGUAUUGCAAAUAGUGAUUUUAAAGCCCAUGUUAGAAUUCAUACUGGAGAGAAACCAUUUUUGUGUAAAACAUGUGGUAAAGGAUUUAGGAGGAGCUGUGAUUUGCAAUCACAUGACAGGGUUCAUACAGGAGAAAAACCAUAUGUUUGUGAAUUAUGUCAUAAAUCAUUUAUAAAUAGCACUAAAUUGAAAGCACAUGCAAAUCUUCACUGUAGUGAAGCACAACAUGUAUGUGAUAUAUGUGAAAAGGUCUGUACUACUGGAAAUGAUCUUAAAACACAUCACAGGAUACAUACAGGAGAGAAACCAUAUCUGUGUAAAACAUGUGGCAAAGGAUUUAGGAGGAGCUGUGAUCUGCAAACACAUGAUAGGGUUCAUACAGGAGAAAAACCAUAUGUUUGUGAAUUAUGUCAUAAAUCAUUUAUAAAUAGCAGUAAAUUGAAAGCACAUGCAAGACUUCACUCUGGUGAUACACCAUAUGUGUGUGAUGUAUGUGGAAAAGUGUGUACUACAGGAAAUGAUCUUAAAACACAUCACAGGAUACAUACUGGUGAGAAACCAUUUAUAUGUGAUUCUUGUGGGAAAGCAUUUAGAAGAAGCUGUGAUCUGUCUACUCAUCUAAGAAUUCAUACUGGAAAUAGACCUCAUGUAUGCACGUUUUGUGGUAAAGGAUUUAUAAAUAAUAGUAAGUUGUUGAUACAUCAGAGAACACACACUGGAGAAAUGCCUUUUGUUUGUGAUUUAUGUGGUAAGAAAUGCAUCUCAAAUCGCAGUUUGAAAAUUCAUCAGAAAACACAUAUAGGAAAAAAAAACAAAACUAAUACAGACCUAAAUGCUGUUGAAAUAUCUUAUGUUUGUGAUUAUUGUUGUAAAGAAUUUCGAAGGAAAUGUGAUUUACAAACACACACUCUUGUACAUACGGGUGAAAGACCAUAUUUUUGCAAUAUUUGCAAGAAAGGAUUCAUAACUAGUAGCAAGUUAAAAUCACAUAUAAGAAUUCAUACAGGUAUUAGUCCGUAUGUUUGUGACUUUUGUGGUAAAAUGUGUAUUGCAAAUAGUGAUUUGAAAGCCCAUGUUAGAAUUCAUACAGGAGAGAAACCAUAUCUGUGUAAAACAUGUGGUAAAGGAUUUAGGAGGAGCUGUGAUUUACAAACACAUGAUAGGGUUCAUACAGGAGAAAAACCUUAUGUUUGUGAAUUAUGUCAUAAAUCAUUUAUAAAUAGCAGUAAAUUGAAAGCACAUGCAAGACUACACACUGGUGAAACGCCAUAUAUAUGUGAUGUUUGUGGAAAGGUGUGUACUACAGGAAGUGAUCUUAAAAUACAUCAUAGGAUACAUACUGGUGAGAAACCAUUUAUAUGUGAUUCUUGUGGGAAAGCAUUUAGAAGAAGCUGUGAUCUAUAUACUCNGAAGUGUAUGUGUUCAGAAAUAAUUUUGAAAAAACAAAAUAGAAAAGAAAAAUUAAAUUCUGGGAUGGAAGACAGCAAUGACAAUGAAAUAAAUUCUGAAAAUCCAGAUGAAGCAGAUGAAAAUUUGGUUACUUUAAACAAUGAAACAGCUGUAGAAUGCAAUAAUAAUAUAAUUUCUGAACAAGAUAAUUGUAAAGAAACACAUGAUGAAAUUAUUGAAACAGAACAAGUUAGCACUAUAUAUAAAUGUUGUGGAAAAGAAUUCCUAAAGUAUACUGGAUAUAAGAUUCACCAGAGAAAAAUGCACAUUAAACAAAAUACAUUUCCUUGCAACUUAUGUAAUAAAAAAUUUAUGAAUAGAAGACAAUUAAAAUUGCAUGAAAAAAAUCAUACAGAAAAGGAAUCUGAAACAUGUAAUAUAUUUAAUACAGAGUAUGAAAUAAAAAAUAAUUUAAAAACUAAUACAGACCUAAAUGCUGUUGAAAUAUCUUAUGUUUGUGAUUAUUGUUGUAAAGAAUUUCGAAGGAAAUGUGAUUUACAAACACACACUCUUGUACAUACGGGUGAAAGACCAUAUUUUUGCAAUAUUUGCAAGAAAGGAUUCAUAACUAGUAGCAAGUUAAAAUCACAUAUAAGAAUUCAUACAGGUAUUAGUCCGUAUGUUUGUGACUUUUGUGGUAAAAUGUGUAUUGCAAAUAGUGAUUUGAAAGCCCAUGUUAGAAUUCAUACAGGAGAGAAACCAUAUCUGUGUAAAACAUGUGGUAAAGGAUUUAGGAGGAGCUGUGAUUUACAAACACAUGAUAGGGUUCAUACAGGAGAAAAACCUUAUGUUUGUGAAUUAUGUCAUAAAUCAUUUAUAAAUAGCAGUAAAUUGAAAGCACAUGCAAGACUACACACUGGUGAAACGCCAUAUAUAUGUGAUGUUUGUGGAAAGGUGUGUACUACAGGAAGUGAUCUUAAAAUACAUCAUAGGAUACAUACUGGUGAGAAACCAUUUAUAUGUGAUUCUUGUGGGAAAGCAUUUAGAAGAAGCUGUGAUCUAUAUACUCAUCAAAGAAUUCAUACUGGAAAUAGACCUCAUGUAUGCACAUCUUGUGGAAAAGGAUUUAUAAAUAAUAGUAAAUUGUUGAUACAUCAGAGAACACACACUGGAGAAACUCCUUUUGUUUGUGAUUUAUGUGGUAAAAAGUGCACAUCAAAUCAUGAUUUGAAAACCCAUCAGAAAAUGCAUACAGGAGAAAAACCAUUUGUAUGUGAUAUAUGUCACAAAGGAUUUAUUAAUAGUAGUAAGCUACAGUCUCAUCAAAGAACUCAUACUGGAGAAAGACCUUAUAUCUGUGAUUCAUGUGGGAAAAGCUUUAUUCAUAUCAGUAAUCUGAAGAUACAUAAAAGGAUUCACACUGGAGAAAGACCAUACAUAUGCAACACUUGUGGUAAAGGUUUCAUUGAUAGUGGAAAAUUACAGAUACAUUUAAGAAUUCAUACAGGUGAACGACCAUUUAUAUGUGAUUUUUGUGGGAAAAGUUGUAUAUCACAAAAUGAUUUAAAGAAUCAUCAAAAAAUUCACAGCAGUAUUAGACCAUUUACUUGUGAUUUAUGCAGUAAAGGAUUUAUAAGUAAUGUUAAAUUGCAAAUUCAUAAAAGAGUACACACUGGAGAGAAGCCAUAUAUCUGUAGUUAUUGUAAGAAAGGAUUUGUAAGCAGCAGUAGUUUAAAAACACAUCAGAAAAUUCAUACUGGUGAAAAACCAUUUCUUUGUGACUUAUGUGAAAAAGCAUUUACACAGCAUGUUCAUCUUCAAAAUCAUGUUAAAAAACAUCAUAAAGAAACUAUUAUGACUGAACAUGAUAAUGAAGAUAUGAGACUACACAAAGAUGAAUUUUAUAAGGAGAUUAAUUGUAAUAUAUGAACUAAAAUAAAUAAUCUUAACAUAUCAAGAUUUAUGUAAAUCAUUUUAUGAUGAUUUAAAAAGUAUAACAGAAAACUGAAUAAUUAUUUCAAAAUGGACUCAAAGAAAUAUUUUGAAAAAUUGAUAUUUAAAUAUUAAAUUAAAUUUAAUAUA